AAAUAUAAGAAAUUAUUUCUAUACGUCUGAAUUUGGAAACUUGAAUCGUGUUGUCUCUAACUCUAAAAUGUCGGUGUAGUUGCCGCUUUGUGCGAGUCCUAUCCUCCAUCAAUGAUUCAACGAUGAUGUUGAGCUUGAAAUCUUCUGAUUUGUACCAUCGCUGUGGGUAAAGGAAGAUCUUUCGAUUGUUGUUGAACCUCAGGUAUUUGAUCGAUGCUGAAGUUGUAUGAGCUUCUAGCUUGUUGUACACCAUUGUUGUAGGGGAUCUGCUUGCAGAUGUUCAAGUACUCCAUUUUCUUCUUGCAAUCUGCCACUGGUGUGAGCCUGAAAAACCGAUUUUGCUAUUGAUUUUGCAAUGUUUGUUGGUGUCCUUUUAUGUUACCCCUCUGGUUGUGUGAAUCUCUUGCAAUAUAUCUGUAUAAAUGUUAUUAUCUGUAUCCCUGCACUUUGAUCUCCUGCAUUCAUUAAGUUGGAGAAAUCUAUGGUGAAAUCUCGAAAGAUAGUUGGAGAAGAUGAGUUUCCACCUUAAUUUUGUUAUUUGAAUAUUAGGCUAUGAAUGUGAGAUUAAUUGAUGGAUUUGACUAAUCUAAGCAUGGAAUUUCAUUAUUUAGUUGUAAUAAGCUUGAAUCUUCUACUGGGUUAAUGAUUUGAUUAUGGGAAAAUUAGGGUUUAUGCCUAAUUUAGGGGUUUUGUUUUGAAUGAUGAAAUUGAUCAAUAUUUGAGCUUAAUCAGCAAUUGGAGAGUAUAUUUGAACUUCUAGAACGUUGGGUUACAAAUUGCACUUUUGAAAUACCCGUUUUACCCUUGUGGGUCCGAGUCCCCUCUUUGUCUAGUUGAUUUUCUAUUCGAAUGAAUGUAUAGCAAUAUGGGUACCUUUGUUCCCAGAAACUUAGAUUUUGGUAAUGGCUAGACUUUGAGUAUUCAAAGGCUCAUCAAAAGGGCAAGGCUCAGAUUUGACUGUUCGUGGCACCAGUUUGACAGUGAGGUAGGUUACAACUUACUUUUCGGUUAGACUUCAGUUAGCGAAGCAUAUGUGGAAGUUAGUUAUUGACAGAGAAAGCAUGUUAAGCCUUCGGGGUAUGAAGUUGGGAUGGAUAUUCUUAGGUUGGUAUUGUUGGUGACUUUGUGGAUUUGUUGCCUCGUUUAUUGUGAUUUGUCUUGCUGACAUGUGUGUGGUGUUGGGCUUGUUGCUUAUUUGCUAUGUUGUGGUUCUCUCACUUAUCUUGUCAUUUAUCAUUGAUAAAGGAAGAAUUGGAUUCGGUAUUGUUAUUGUGACGUGUGCUCAUGUAGAGGCACGAAUGAGAUUUGAUAUGAUUACACUUGACAUUGAUAACAUGCAUAGCAUUCAUACUUAUUUUUUCAUGAUACAUGGAUAUGAACUGUGAUUGAUACUAAUGAUGAUAAGUGAAGAAGAGAAACAUCCGAGGCUUCUUAUGUUGGUGUUUGCUACAUACAUAUUUCAUAUGGCAUCUUUGAGAUCUAUUUUGCUUUAUUUUUUGUGACCAGUCAUUAGCUGUAAACUGGAACAGAGGAUUGAGCUUAUGCUCCCCUUCGCUUUAUAAUUUUUGAUUUUUUGAUAUAAAGGUCAUGCCACCAUACGACGAUAAAUUUACAAAACACACACACAUAACUAAUUUCUGAUUUUAAUAACAGUGUAUAUCUCAACAAUUAAUCUCCCCCUUACACUCAUAGCCAUGCCUGAUGCAUCUAUAACACUUUGAUUUCAUUCCUUAGAUGAAAUAAAUAAUUAUUUUAGAAUAAAUAAUAUAUCUAAAUAUAUGAUUAAUGAUAUAUAUUGCAAUAAUAACGUGCUGUAAUAACUUAAAAUUGUGAUUGUUAAUGUAGAAAUUUGUGAUCCCUUGGAUGACUGUAGUAACUAAAAUUGUUACUCCAAACUACUGUUUUCAUGAUUGGUACAAUUAGAGAAGAAUCGAGAAUUUGAAAUUUAUAAAUUUUAUAAAAAUAUCAAAUUAAUAUAUAAUAAUAAUUAAAUUUACAAUGAAAUAUUUAAAAAUAUUUAGCAAAAAAUUUGGAUUUUCAUGAACUCCCACUAUAUGUGCUAAAUUAGCCGGUGGGUACAACCACGCAACAAAAAACAAUUAAACUUGAAUGCUGGAGAAGAAAGAAAGAACAAACUUAAAAUCAACACCUUGUCCAAAACAAGUAUAUUAAAGCCAUUGCAAAUCCCUCUAACUCCUCAUUACCAUACACACUAAACAAAUCAUAAAUAACAUUUUCCUUUCUGUUUCUCCCAAAUCCACCACCACCACCAGCCCAAUCUUGAUAUAGAUGCCAAUAUUUCCACUACAAGCUGAUCCUCUCCGCCACGGACGGCGGCACCGGCAUCGUAGCAGAAAUUAAAUUAUGGAUCAUAGUAACAUCCAAACACCCCCACCUUCCACCACCUUAAAUAUCUAUAAUUAAGGAGUUAACUAAUACUAGAAUUAUGUAAAUACUAAUUUCACUUGAACAAUGACACUUCAAAAUCUAAUAUAAACUUUCAAUUCUAAUUCUGGUCAUUCUUAGGAAUAAUUUUAAGUUAAAUUAUAGACCGAUAGUUGAGGAUUUCUAAGGGACAGUUUCUUUCUUUAUAGAGUUAGUUAUACGAUCGACAUUUAUCAUUUUCAGGAAGCUAUAUUUAAUUUUAUAGCUCAAACACAAAUCUUAAAUUACUUUAUUACUCAUUAAGACAGAAUACAGGCGCAAAGCGCGUACUCUAAAACUAGUACUAGUAUAUAUUUCAACAAUCAUCCGCUUACGCACAUAAUCAUGCACAAUAUAAAUACAUGAUUAAUGAUAUUUCAUAAUAACGUGCUGUAACAGCUUAUUGUAGAAUUUUGUUAUACGUUGGAUGACUAUAGUAACUCAAGUUAUUUCUCCAAACUACCGUUUUCAUGAUUGGUACAAUCACACGCAACAACUACAAUUAAACUUGUAUGGUGGAGAAGAAAGAGAGAGCAAACUAAAAAUCAAUACCAAUCAAAAAAAUAAUGGUCCAAAAAAAGGUAAACUAAACCAAAACAAAUCCCUCUAACUCACCACCAUACACACCAAACAAAUCACAAAAACUCAUUGUUCCAUUAUUUUUCUCCCAAACCUCUACCACCACCACCCCACCUUGAUGUAGAUGCCAAUAUUUCCACUACAAGCUGGUCGUCUCCGCCACAGAUGACGGCACCGGCAUCGUAGCAGAAAUUAAAUUAUGGAUCAUAGUAACAUCCAAACACCACCACCAUCCUCAACCAUAACAACAGAUCGUAAUUCUUCCCUUUUUUCUUCCCAACCUCUUUCACCUUCCCCUAACACCAAUCAUAUUCUUGAAAUAACUCUCAUUUCAGCGCAAGAUUUAUCUCCUGUUUGCAAAAACCUUCGUACAUAUGCCCUAACUUGGGUAAACCCUAAUCGAAAACGCACCACCAAAGUGGACAAUAAAGGAAACACCAACCCUAAUUGGAAUGACAAGUUUUCUUUUCGUAUAGAUGAUGGAUUUCUCAAUUCUGAGUCUUCUGCCGUGCAUGUUGAGAUUUAUACGGUUUCUUGGUUUCGUGAUAUUCUUGUAGGCACUGUUAAAGUUCUUCUUGAUAAUCUUAUCAACCCUUUUGAUAAAAGAAAGAAAUUUGUUGCUCUUCAAAUUCGUAGACCUAACGGUAACCCUCAAGGAAUACUUAAUAUGGGUGUGGCUCUUAUUGACAAGUCCAAACGUAGCAUGCCGUUGUUCAAUGAAAUUACUCCUUUGUCAUUGGAUCAUAGAGACAUUUUAGACAGAAAAAUAAAUGAUAUUAAUGCUCAAGACCAAAUGAUCAACAAGAACAAUAAUCAAGACAAUGACGAGACAUUGCAAAUAAGUAAUAAAAUUCAGCUAUGGCAAUCACAAAGCCUAGGAUAUUCUGAUGUCAACAACAACGGAGAAUUUCCUAACCAACCGGGGUCAAUUUUUAAUGGGUCGGUGGCAAACGGGUCAAUAGUAAACGGGUCGGAGCUAUGCUCCGAUAUUGGCCCGUCCGCUUCCAUUGUGGCGGCGGAGAUAGCAAAGAAACUGCAUCCCAUGUCACCACAACGGCUGCCAUCAAAAGCUACGGCACCCGAUGAUGCAGAGAGUUCCAUACUGGAAGAGCUCUCUGCAGAGGAAGCGUAUGCUAAAGCGGAGGCAGUGGCGCCGGUGGAGAAAUCUCAACGAGGAAGCAACGGCGGUGGCAGACACACACGGCGGAACAUGGACAGAGGAUUGUAUUCAUGUUUUGGGAAUGCAUAUUGUUUUGAGUUCACAAUUGUUUGUGGGGCGAAUACUAACAACAAUAACAAUCAAGGGACUCGUAGUGUUAAUAAUAACAGUAAUAAUAGUGCUGGCAAGAGCAAGAAGUCUACUGAGACAAAUUCAGCUUAAAUGUUGUACGUGCAUGCCCUUUUUGGAUACUAAAGUAUUGCUACACCUAUUUUAUAUGUCAAGCCAGUAAAUAGCCUAAAUAGUGAGGGAAAAAGGAAUUAGCUUUCAUAACGUAACUAAUGCAAAUUUGAAAAAACAACCUAAAUGUUUGUAUCGACUUGUCGAACCUUUUAUUCAGACAAGGUAAUAGUGGAUAAGUUAAUAGAGCAACUGGGAAAGAAUUGCAAUCUGUCGAAAUAUUAAAUUUUUGGGUUAAAUACGGUAAACACCUUUUGUAAUAUAAUUCGGUUCCGAACACAUUUUUUAUUGUAUAAA